AUGUCGAACAAGAAGAUCGAGCAGUGGGAAAUUGAGCGCUAUUGGGAGAUCUUCUCCGGGCUCUCCAAUGGGCAAACUCAUCUGAACAGCUCCCAGGCCGCCUCGGUGCUGCGCAACAGUGGACUUCGUGAUGAGCAGUUGGAGAAGGUCUGGGAUAUUGCGGACGUGGAUGGAGAUGGAGAGCUGGACUUUGAAGAGUUCUGUGUCGCAAUGCGCCUGGUUUUUGACCUCGUCAAUGGCGAGCUUCAAGACGUCCCACCCGUGCUGCCAGACUGGCUCGUGCCGGAAUCCAAAUCACACCUUGUCCAGGCCACACGAGCACUGCAUCGCCCCGAACAAUUUGAACGGAUAGAAGAUGAGGAUGACUCCCUUGGAUUGAAAGAUGGAUUCGAUUGGUACAUGAAGCCCGCCGACAAGUCGAAAUACGAGGAAAUUUACAACUCCAGUCGAACCCAACGUGGCGAUAUCACCUUUGAAUCCCUACAACCGCUCUAUGAUUCUUUGGACGUCCCAGAUACCGAUAUCCGCUCAGCAUGGAACCUCGUCAACCCCUCCGCUUCCCAAGCCAUCAACAAAGAUGCCACACUGGCGUUCCUCCAUAUGCUCAACUAUCGCCACGAGGGCUUCCGUAUUCCUCGUACCAUCCCUGCCUCGCUGCGCGCCUCGUUUGCAAGCAACCAGAUCGAUUACCAGAUUGACAACAAUGCCCGCCCAGCGCAGCACUGGGGCGCCGAGGGCAACCAGGAGACACGGACUGGUCGCAAGGCCAAAUUUGGCGAUACCUACCUGAGCCGCUUGGGCGUCGGUGGUAAGGGCUCUUACCAACCCAAGGGCACGGACUUCAGUGAGACAAUCCAGGAUGAAGAGUGGGAGAAGGUACGCCUGCGCCGGGAGCUGGCUGAGAUGGAGGCCAAGUUGCAAUCCGCCCGCGAAGCAUCUGAGAAUCGCCGUGAUCGGCCACGGAAUGACGGUCGUCCCAACUGGGUCCUGGUGAAGAAGGAGGCACUGCAACUCUUGGAGUACAAGGAGCGCGAACUCCGUGAGCUUCGAGAGGGCGUGGGCCGUGCGAAAGACGGACAAGAAUUAGAACGAGCGCGAGAGGACGUCAAGACCGUUGGCGAGCAAGUGGAAAGCUUGAAAACUCACCUGGCUCAGCGCCAGGCCGUUCUGGCAGACUUGCGCCAUGAGAUCGAGGAAGAGCGGUCUCGGCGCUAA